CUGUCUUGGAGCAAUACAGUAUAUGCUCAAGAGUCACGGUCUGUUCUGCUUCUCUAGCAACACAAGCGUUUGUAUUAAGACUUUGUUCUCUCUCACCAACUCCCUUUACUAAGGUGAAUUUCUGGUUCUAAUCUUUUCAGGCAGGAAGAUGUAUUCAGUGCUGAAUGAACACCAGUAUAAGAGCAAUUCCAAACCAAUCCCUGUGGUCAUCAUAGGAAAUGGCCCUUCAGGAAUAUGCCUUUCCUACCUGCUGUCUGGCUAUAUCCCAUAUGUCAGCAGAGACUCUGUUCACCCCCAUCCUAUUCUACAGAGGAAACUACAAGAGCUGCCAGAGGUCUCCAUUUUAGACCAGGAUCUGCGGUACCUUUCUGAAGGCUUAGAGGGACGAUCCCACAGUCCUGUGGCUCUUCUCUUUGAUACUCUAUUGCGUCCAGAUACAGAUUUUGGUGGAACGGCAGAUUCGGUCCUUUCUUGGUGGCAUGAGGCUAACAGAACCAUUCCCCAUCUGGUCCUUGGCAAGAACCCUCCUGGAGGUGCCUGGCAUUCUAUUGAAGGAUCUAUGAUCACUCUGAGCCAAGGAGAAUGGAUGGGGCUUCCAGAUUUUCAACUGAAAGACUGGAUGAGGAAAAAGAGAAGGGGCCUCAGAAACAACAGAGCUACAGCAGAAGACAUCGCUCAAUAUUAUCAAAAUUAUGUGGCAAAGAAAGGGCUGCAGAGGAAUUUUAUCUGUGGGACUGUUGUGACAUCUGUGCAGAAAGUGAGCCAAGAUGUAAUCUCUAACAAUUCACAGCAGGAUCCUCAGAAGAAUGGUGGUUCCCCCUGGGAUUUCCCCGAGACAAAUAAGAAGAAUAACCAGGUUGCUAGUGGAAGUCUCUUCCAGGUGGAUGGAUUCAUCAAAACCAUUAUGGGUGAUCAGAUGCCCUUCUCCAUCUAUGCAGAGAAUGUGGUCUUAGCUACAGGAACCUAUGAUAGUCCCUCAUGGCUUGGGGUCAACGGAGAGGAUCUUCCUUAUGUACAUCACAAGCUCUCUACCCUUGAAGAAGCAGUGAAGAACAAGACAGUUGAUAUGACAUCAGAUCCAAUCCUGAUUGUAGGUGCUGGCCUGACAGCGGCUGAUGCAGUUCUCUUUGCUCAUCACUGCAGCAUCCCAGUGAUCCAUGUUUUUAGGAGAAGAGUCAGUGAUCCAGGCCUCAUUUUCAAUCAGCUUCCCAAAAUGAUGUAUCCAGAGUACCACAAAGUGCAUCAGAUGAUGACAGAACAGUCAGCUGCUUGUUCAGGGCCAUAUGAAUGUUACAUCAGCCUUCCUGAACAUCAUGUGAUGUCCUUCACAGAGGACAAGAAGUGCAUCUUUCAGGAUAAGAAAGGCCACCAGAAAGUCUAUAACAUUUCCAUGGCUUUUGUUCUUGUUGGCUCAAACCCCAACCUCUCCUUUCUACCAAAUAAUGGCAUUAACUUGGCAAUGGACAAUAUGCAACCAGUCAGUCCCAAGAGGAAUCCCAUAGAUGUUGACCCAUUUACAUAUGAAUGCAUUCAGGAAAAAGGACUAUAUGCUGUGGGGCCAUUAGCUGGGGACAACUUUGUGCGUUUUGUGCAGGGAGGGGCUCUAGCUGUCGCUAGCUCUUUGUUACAGAAAGCAAACAGAAAGCCUCCUUAACAAACAAAGCACAAUAAGUCAGAAAUAUUGACAUAGAUUAUACUAUUCUCUUUGAUAGGUGUACUUUCCUACCCAGGGUGCUCUUCAAGGCUGUGCAGUCAUUAGGUUGUCAGUAGGUCUGUUUGGGAAGAAUAAGCCAGCAAGCACACUGCUUGGAAUUUAGAUUUGUAGUGUUGCUGAAGUUUCUACCAUGUUAAAUCUGGAGUAGCAGUUCCUUCUCUGCAUGUAUUUGCACUAUAGCAGAUGGAGCUUACAUCUUAUGCUGGGUAUACUGGGGGGACAAAGAGUCCAGCUAUCUUCCAGGCAGUUGAAAAGUUAUUUUGCACUCCUGUUUAAUUCUUUUCUAGUGGCCACAUUAGCAAGCCCUAUAUUUGUUGUCUUUACAGUGUUUCUGGAUAACACGGGUAACACUACAUAAUACAACAACAACAACAUCUUGCUUCAUAUAGUCUCAUGUGGCACAGUUGUAUGUUCUUGCUGUGCAAGAGUCAUUUGAAAGCUGUGCUGUAAGUAUCUUACGUACCUAAAACAGAAUUCAUCAGUGUAAAAAAAAUUGUCAUAAAAGCACUGUCUGAAGGGUUUUAUCACCUAGAGACCAACGUUUUUCUGUAUGUGGUUUCUUUGCAUGUAAUACAGAUAUGUAUUUUUUUCUUAUGAAGAAAUCUUUUGCAGUAAUGCCACAAACUUACUAACUUUAAGAUGACAGUUUUUAAAAGUCAAAAACCAGAAUGAUAUAUGGAGUAACUAUGUUAAAGAUAGAAAUAAAGAGGAAUUAUGAGGUUAAAAGA